AUGGCUUUUCGUGGUGAACGCUUCCUCCUCAACCUGGAUGAGGAAUCUGGUGCUCCAGAAAUCCCCUCUCCAUUCUCUCUCAUCGGCGAGAUCCAAGAACGGGCUGCCUCCACCGCCAUUCCCCCCGCACCUAAACUACCGACCUCGUCGGCCUCAUCAACUGGGUUCCCUGCCCCUCACAACGACGAGCAAACCAGUCCACUCCUCCUCCCCCCUACCCCUACUGAGCCGACUGUCCAGGAUGACAAGAAAUCCAUCGACGAGGAGAACCGCCGUCAGCUAGCGGCCAUGUCGGACGCGCAGAUCCAACAGGAACGAGAGGAGCUGAUGGAACAGAUGGAUCCAGGACUUCUUGAACGGUUCCUCCGAAGAGCAAAUAUCGAAGAUGACCAAAAGACUGGAUUUGAACUGCCAGCACCUGCGGCGGACGAAAAAUCAAAACCGAGGAAAUCAGUUUCUUUCGACAUUCCUUUAUCUACAUCGGUUUCUUCACCUUCAAGCGCACAACCCCAUUCUCUACCAAAACUGUUACCUAAGCCGCAUCCCCGUAAUGAAGACCUCGCUCCACCCAACGUCCCUCAAGACCUCCGCCCGGCCUCUCAACGACCCUCCCUUGACCCAGCUACGCUCGAAACCUUCCACUUCCCCCAGCCAACAGCGCCAAUGCCAGUCCUGGACCCGUCUUCGCCAUCUUUCCUGUCAGAUCUCCAGUCGCACUACUUCCCCGAGAUAGCCCAGGACCCAGCAACCCUCUCCUGGAUGCAGCCCCUCUCCUCUGACGAAGAAGACCCAGACUCGACGUCAGCCUACCAUCCAGCCAGCAAUGCCAUAUCACUGGCGCCCUCGGCAAUCCGCUUCUCGCUAAGAGGCACCAUACUUGCUCCCGAAACAUCCCUCUCCCUCCCGACAACCAUGGGCCUGCACCAUCACGGCGAGGAUCCUCAUGCUGCGGGCUACACGAUCCCUGAGCUGGCAAUUCUGGCGCGCUCGACGUUCCCAGCUCAGCGAUGCAUCGCAUGGCAAGUCAUUGGCCGGAUCUUAUUCCGUCUUGGCCGGGCAGAAUUUGGAGAUAGGGGUGGGCAGCUCUCUGAGGGACUGUGGUUUGUUAUUGAAAAGGAAGGCAUUGUUGCUGGUAUGCUUGCCGAGGCCGAUGGCGUUGCUGGUCAGACCCAAGGUAGAAAUAAAGGCAAUAGUUCAAAAGAUACCGAGGCUGAAAUCUUGCCUCUUGCGUCCGGUGUUGGUCGCCAUGCCAGUGCUGCUGCGUGGGCGGUUGAGGGUAUCUGGUUGUGGCAGAAGGGCGGUGGUGGUGAUCGUGGUUUGUUGAAGGAAGGCCAGCACCGAUCUCUAUAG